AUGAAUCUGUUGGAUACAGUUCGUAAGGGCCCUAAUUUCGAAAACUCAGCUCUUCGUGCUCUCCCUGUGGAUCAUGGAGAAAACCGUGUUCGCAGUGUGCCUAAUGCCGUUUUUGUACGCGUUCAGCCAACUCCGGUCCAAUCACCCCGAAUGGUUUUGGCUUCUCAUGAGGCAUUCGAAUUACUGGAGUUGCCGAAAGAACUAAUCAAACAGAAUCCUCAGUGUCCUAAUGCUCACAAUGAAUUAGUCCUUUACCUUGCCGGCAACAAGAUUUGGCCUGGUAGUGAGCCGUCUGCGCAUUGCUACUGCGGCCACCAAUUCGGAAGUUUUGUUGGACAGUUGGGUGACGGUGCAGUAAUGUAA